AUGUCUCCCAAGCGGGAUCUGGCUGAAGCCGAGUCUUGCGUUAUGGUGUUGGUGGAAGAACGUACAGCGAAGGAUCAGAAGAUUGAGGAGAUGACUUCCCAGCCAGGAGAGCUAGAACUCGCAGCUCAGAAGCCUGAAAGUGAGCUGAACACGCUGCGGAGUAAGAGCUCAGCCGACCCAGAAGCCACGAGGGAGAUGCUACGUGGCCUUCAGGAGUCCGAGGCCCAUGCAGAGGAAGCUGUUAAGGGCCUGCAGGAAUCAUAUUCUCAAGCUGAAGCUUCUCUACAGACAGUCCAGGAGCAGCUAGCGGAGUUGCGUGUUGCAGCCCUGGAGAAGAAACGCGAACGUCUCUGA